AAUCUCCCAUCCCGUCCAUCAGGUACAGAGACCGACAUUGGCAAUGGCGUCAUCAGCAGCGUUCAUGGUAGCGGCGGUGCUCGGGCUGGUGCUCGCUUCGGCGCCGGCGGCGCGGGCGUGGAGCACCGAGGGCCACAUGCUCACAUGCCAGAUCGCACAGGAUCUGCUGGAGCCAGCGGCGGCGCAGGCGGUGAAGAACCUUCUGCCGGAGGAGGCGGGCGGCGACCUGUCGGCGAUGUGCGUGUGGCCGGACCAGGUGAGGCACUGGUACAAGUACCGCUGGACCAGCCCGCUGCACUUCAUCGACACCCCCGACAAGGCCUGCACCUUCGACUACGCCAGGGACUGCCAUGACCCCAGCGGCGCCAAGGACAUGUGCGUCGCCGGCGCCGUCGCCAACUUCACGUCCCAGCUCAUGCACUACAAGCAGGGCAGCGCCGACCGCAAGUAUAACCUGACCGAGGCCCUGCUAUUCCUGUCACACUUCAUGGGAGAUAUUCACCAGCCCAUGCACGUGGGGUUCACGAGCGACAUGGGGGGCAACUCGGUGAACCUACGCUGGUUCAAGCACAAAUCCAACCUCCACCAUGUAUGGGACAGGGAGAUAAUACUCACUGUUCUUGCCGAGCGCUACGGCAAGGACAUGGCCGCGUUCCGCAAGGACCUCCAGCACAACAUCACCAAGGGCUCGUGGUCCGACGAGUCUUCAUGGAAAGAUUGCGCGGACCUCAUGUCCUGCCCAACCAAGUAUGCCACGGAGAGCAUAGGCCUGGCGUGCAAGUGGGGCUACGACGGCGUCCACGACGGAGACACACUGUCCGAGGACUACUUCGGGUCGAGGCUCCCGAUCGUGACGCGGCGGAUCGCGCAGGGGGGAGUGAGGCUGGCCAUGUUCCUCAACCGGGUCUUCGGAGACCACAAGCCCCACAGCCGCGACGUGGCUGCGCCGGUGAACUUGGUCGUGGCUCAUGACGAUGAGCUCUAGCUCAGCGUCAAGUGACAGUCGCUGUAUUGCAUUGCAUCCAUGUUGACCUGAAGACUUGGGCACGAAUCACGAUGAUGCAUACUAGGAGACUACUGCUAACUUGCAUGGAAAUGAUACAGAUGAUCGGUCAGUGAAUAAUUGUUUGCGACGCCAACAGCUAGCGUGUACUCCACAUGUCAUGUCCAAAGAUGUAGACAUUUAUUUGGAUGUAACCCAAAUUCUGUUGUCCUUUUGUUUUCAUGCUUGCUGUUAUUUUAGUUGCCUGAAUGAAUCAACGUCAAUACAUUUGUCACGGCAAGGCAAAA